AUGGACAAUCUUUCUCCAAUGAUGAUCAUCCUGCUUGCUUUCUCUCUCGCCACGGCUUCCCCCCACGAGACCGCGGUCGACAGGCCAGCGCCGCUCACCACGGUUGUCACGGCCGAAUCACCACGCAUCACUGAGGAAGGAACCCUUCGCUGCUCUGGCGGGGCGACGGUCUUGCAUACGACCGACUGCACAAUGGGGACAUCGGUCUCCUUUUGCUAUAAGCCUCCACCUCCGCUCCACUGUGACGAGGGAUACUUCCCUUCCGUCUGGCAUCCCGAUCAUUGUAUGGAGGAAUCCACGUGCUUUCCCACCGAUGCAGAAUGGAUCACAAGAGGAUGUUCCAAUGGCGCAUAUCCAUAUUCGACCAAGACUGUCUAUGAUGGCACGCUGGCAGGGGGGCAUCACACCGUGAUAAGCUCCAUCUCGUGCGCCUGUCCACCCGAUCAAUGGUACAGUAUUUCGAUGCGCGAGGGAGCUUCUCGCUUCGAGACAUACUGCAUGCCCUCCCGCUCCUGUCCACCGGGGAUGACCACAUCGAUCAGUACCAAUGACUACUGUGCCACGGCAUCAGCAGCGAUUUGUUCCCAUGUUCCUGCUCAGGCAGACCAUUGUGAAUGUGAGGGUAAAUAUUCCACUCCAGUGUACGCGGAGGGGCCAAGUGCCACGGCGACUGGAUGCGGAUAA